AUGGGGGUCAUGACUCGGCUAUUGGCAGGCCUCUUCCUGGCUCUGCUUGCCCUUCCGGCCGAAGGUGGCGUCCUCAAAAAAGUCAUCCGGCACAAGCGACAGAGCGGGAUGAAUGUCACCCUGCCAGAAGAAAACCAGCCAGUGGUGUUUAAUCACGUCUACAAUAUCAAGCUGCCCGUGGGGUCCCAGUGUUCGGUGGAUCUGGAAUCUGCCAGCGGGGAGAAAGACUUGGCCCCACCAUCAGAGCCCAGGGAAAGCUUCCAGGAGCACACGGUGGACGGGGAAAACCAGAUCGUCUUCACUCACCGCAUCAACAUCCCCCGCCGGGCCUGUGGCUGCGCGGCUGCUCCUGACGUCAAGGAGCUUCUGAGCAGACUGGAGGAGCUGGAGAACCUGGUGUCUUCCCUGCGGGAACAGUGCACCUCGGGAGCGGGCUGCUGCCUCCAGUCUGCCGAAGGCCGCGUGGACACCAGGCCCUUCUGCAGCGGACGGGGCAACUUCAGCACGGAAGGCUGCGGUUGCGUGUGCGAACCCGGCUGGAAAGGCCCCAACUGCUCUGAGCCCGAGUGCCCGAGCAACUGUCACCUGCGUGGCCAGUGCCUGGACGGCCAGUGCGUGUGCGACGAGGGCUUCACCGGCGAGGACUGCGGCCAGCUGGCCUGUCCCAGCGACUGCAACGACCAGGGCAAGUGCGUGGACGGGGCCUGCGUCUGCUUCGAAGGCUACUCCGGGCUCGACUGCAGCCGGGAGACCUGCCCAGUGCCCUGCAGCGAAGAGCACGGCCGCUGCGUGGACGGCCGCUGCGUGUGCCAGGACGGCUUCGCGGGCGAGGACUGCAGGGAGCCCCUGUGUCUGCACAACUGCCACGGCCGCGGGCGCUGCGUGGAGAACGAGUGCGUGUGCGAUGAGGGCUUCACGGGCGACGACUGUGGGGAGCUCGUCUGCCCCAACGACUGCUUCGACCGCGGCCGCUGCCUCAACGGCACCUGCUCCUGCGACGAGGGCUUCACGGGCGAGGACUGCGGCCAGCUCGCCUGCCCCCACUCCUGCCACGGCCGCGGCCGCUGUGACGAGGGCCAGUGCGUGUGCGACGAGGGCUUCGCGGGCCCGGACUGCAGCGAGCGGCGCUGCCCCUCCGACUGCCACGAGCGCGGCCGCUGCGUGGACGGGCGCUGCGAGUGCAACGACGGCUUCACGGGCGCGGACUGCGGAGAGCUGCGGUGUCCCCGCGACUGCAGCGGCCAUGGGCGCUGCGUGAAUGGGCAGUGCGUGUGCGACGAGGGCCACACCGGCGAGGACUGCGGGCAGCAGCGGUGCCCAGGCGACUGCCAUGGCCGCGGGCGCUGCGUGGAUGGGCGCUGCGAGUGCCAGCCCGGCUUCCAGGGCGAUGACUGCGGCGAGAUGAGCUGCCCGCACGACUGCCACCAGCACGGGCGCUGCGUGAACGGCAUGUGUGUGUGCGACGACGCCUACACGGGCGAGGACUGCCGCGAGCUCCGCUGCCCCCGGGACUGCAGCCAGCGCGGCCGCUGCGUGGACGGACGCUGCGUGUGCGAGGACGGCUUCGCCGGCCCCGACUGCGCGGACCUCGCCUGUCCCGGCGACUGCCACGGCCGCGGGCGCUGCGUGGAUGGCCAGUGCGUGUGCCUCGAGGGCUUCACCGGGCCCGACUGUGCGCAGCGCAGGUGUCCCGGCGACUGUCACGGCCAAGGCCGCUGCGUGGACGGCCAAUGCGUGUGCCACGAGGGCUUCACUGGGCCCGACUGCGCGCAGCGCUCCUGCCCCAACGACUGCAGCAACUGGGGGCAGUGCGUCUCUGGCCGCUGCAUUUGCAAUGAGGGCUACACCGGGGAAGACUGCUCCCAGGUAUCCCCUCCCAAAGACCUCAUCGUGACAGAAGUGACAGAAGAGACCGUAAACCUGGCCUGGGACAAUGAGAUGCGGGUCACGGAGUACCUCAUCGUGUACACGCCCACCCACGAAGAUGGCCUGGAAAUGCAGUUCCGGGUCCCUGGAGACCAGACGUCCGCCACCAUCCGGGAACUGGAGCCUGGUGUGGAGUACUUCAUUCGCGUGUUCGCCAUCCUGGAGAACAAGAAGAGCAUUCCUGUCAGCGCCAGGGUGGCCACCUACCUGCCUACACCUGAAGGUCUAAAAUUCAAGUCCAUCAAGGAGACAUCUGUGGAAGUGGAGUGGGAUCCUCUGGACAUCGCUUUUGAAGCAUGGGAGGUCAUCUUCCGGAAUACUAAUAAAGAUGAUGAGGAAGAGAUCACCAAGAGCCUGCGGAGGCCGGAGACCACCUACCGGCAAACUGGCCUGGCCCCCGGGCAGGAAUAUGAGAUAUCCUUGCACAUCGUGAAAAACAACACCCGGGGCCCGGGCCUGAAGAGAGUGACCACUACCCGCUUGGACGCCCCCAGCCAGAUUGAAGUGAAAGAUGUCACAGACACCACCGCUCUGAUCACGUGGUCCAAGCCCCUGGCCGAGAUCGAUAGCAUUGAGCUCACGUACGGGAUCAAAGACGUGCCAGGAGAUCGCACCAGCAUCGACCUCACACACGAGGAGAACCAGUACUCCAUUGGGAACCUGAAGCCGGACACUGAGUACGAGGUGGCCCUCAUCUCCCGCAGGGCUGACAUGGCCAGCAACCCCGCCAAAGAGACCUUCACAACAGGCCUGGAUGCUCCCAGGAAUCUCCGCCGCAUCUCCCAGACAGACAACAGCAUCACCCUGGAGUGGAGGAACGUCAAGGCGGCCGCCGACAGUUACAGAAUCAAGUAUGCACCCAUCUCUGGAGGUGACCAUGCCGAGGUAGAAGUCCCCAGGAGCCAACAGACUACAACCAGAACCACACUCACAGGGCUGAGGCCAGGAACUGAAUAUGGGAUUGGAGUGUCUGCUGUGAAGGGGGACAAGGAGAGUGACCCAGCCACCAUCAAUGCGGCCACAGAGUUGGACACACCCAAGGACCUUCGGGUUUCUGAACCUACGGAGACCAGCCUGACCCUCCUCUGGCGGACGCCGGUGGCCAAGUUUGACCGUUACCGCCUCAACUACAGUCUUCCCUCGGGCCAGCCUGUGGAGGUGCAGCUCCCCAGAGACACCACCUCCCACGUCCUGAGAGGCCUGGAACCUGGGCGCAAAUACACCGUCCUGCUCACAGCAGAGAAAGGCAGACACAAGAGCAAGCCGGCACGGGUACAGGCGUCCACAGACCGCGCCCCUGAACUGGAAAACCUCACCGUGACCGAGGCUGGCUGGGAUGGCCUCAGACUCAACUGGACCGCAGCGGACCAGGCCUACGAGCACUUUGUCAUUCAGGUGCAGGAGGCCGACGGGGUGGAGGCGGCUCGGAACCUCACGGUGCCCGGCAGCCUGCGGGCUGUGGACGUCCCGGGCCUGAAGGCCGCCACCCCUUACAGAGUCACCAUCCACGGGGUGAUCCGGGGCUAUAGGACCCCAGUGCUCUCUGCUGAGGCCUCCACAGGAGACACUCCCCACUUGGGAGAGGUCACGGUGUCCGAGGUGGGCUGGGAGGCCCUCAAACUCAACUGGACGGCUCCGGAAGGAGUCUACGAGCAGUUUCUCAUUCAGGUGCAGGAGCCUGGCACAGAGGAGGCAGCCCAGAACCUCACUGUCCCUGGAGGGCUGAGGUCCGUGGACCUGCCUGGGCUCAAGGCAGCCACUCCCUAUAGCAUCACCAUCCGCGGGGUCACUCGGGACUUCAGCACAGCCCCUCUCUCUGUUGAAGUUUUAACAGAGGAGGCUCCAGGUCUGGGGAACCUCACAGUGGCCGAGGUUAGCUGGGAUGCCCUCCGACUGCACUGGACCAGCCCCGAUGGGAUCUAUGAGCAGUUUGUCGUUAAGAUCCGGGAGACUGACCGUCUCCAAGAAGUUCACAAUCUCACGGUUCCUGGCAGCCAGCACACCGUGGAGAUUCCAGGCCUCAAAGCUGGUACCUCUUACACAAUCACCCUGCUCGGCAAGGUCAGGGACCGCAGCACUCAACCCCUUGCUGUGGAGGUCAUUACAGCGGAGCUCCCCCAGCUGGGAGACUUAGCCGUGACCGAGGCUGGCUGGGAUGGCCUCAGACUCAACUGGACCGCAGCGGACCAGGCCUUUGAGCACUUUGUCAUUCAGGUGCAGGAGGCCAACGGGGUAGAGGCGGCUCAGAACCUCACGGUGCCCGGCAGCCUGCGGGCAGCGGACGUCCCGGGCCUGAAGGCCGCCACCCCUUACAGAGUCACCAUCCAUGGGGUGAUCCGGGGCUAUAGGACGCCAGUGCUCUCUGCUGAGGCCUCCACAGCCGGAGAACCUGAACUUGGAAACUUAAGUGUUUCCGACAUCACUUCUGAGAGUUUCAAUCUCUCCUGGACCGCUACUGAUGGUGCCUUCGAGACCUUUACCGUUGAAAUUAUUGAUUCCAAUAGGUUCCUGGAGACCAUGGAAUAUAACGUCUCUGGUGCUGAACGAACAGCCCACAUCUCAGGGCUCCGCCCUAGUAAUGAUUUUAUUGUCUACCUCUCUGGACUCGCUCCCAGCAUGCAGACCAAAACCAUCAGUGCCACGGCCACUACAGUAGCUGAACCUCUCCUUAGCCACCUCACUGUCUCAAAUGUGACUUCGGGCAGUGUGGCCAUCUCAUGGAAAGCUCAGGAGUCUGCCUUUGAUAGCUUCCUUGUAGAAGUUAGGAAUUCUGACCCCCUCCAGGAGACGGUGGUCCAUUCUCUGCCUGCGGCAUCUCGCAGCUUUGUCAUCACCAACCUCAAAGCUUCUUCUGAUUACACUGCCCACCUCCAUGGGCUGAUUGGCAGGCAGCAUGCUCAGACCCUGAUGGUCCAAGCAACCACAGAGCCAGAGCCACAGUUGGGCAUGCUAGUCCUUAGCAAUAUCACUCCUGACAGCUUCAACGUGUCAUGGACCACUCAAGCGGGGCCUUUUGCAAAGAUUGUUAUCAGUGUCAGCGAUUCUCACUCGCUGCACGCGCCCCAGCAGCUCACGGUCUCAGGAGACGCACAGCACGCUCACGUCACGGGCCUGGUGGAAAACACUGGCUAUGACGUUAGUGUGGCUGGGGCCCCCUGGGCGGGGGGCUCCACCAGGCCCCUCACUGCCUUUGUCGUGACAGAGGCCCUGCCCCUUCUGGAAAACCUAACCAUUUCCGACAUUAAUCCCUACGGGUUCACAGUUUCCUGGAUGGCAUCGGAGAAUGCCUUUGACAGCUUCCUAGUCACGGUGGUGGAUUCUGGGAAGUUGCUGGACCCCCAGGAAUUCACCCUUUCAGGAACCCAGAGGAAGCUGGAGCUCAGAGGCCUUAUAACUGGCAUUGGCUAUGAGGUCAUGGUCUCUGGCUUCACCCAAGGGCACCAAACCAAGCCCUUGAGGGCUGAGAUUAUUACAGAAGCUGAGCCGGAAGUUGACAACCUUCUGGUUUCAGAUGCCACCCCAGAUGGUUUCCGUCUGUCCUGGACAGCUGAUGAAGGAGUCUUCGACAGUUUUGUUCUCAAAAUCAGAGAUACCAAAAAGCAGUCCGAGCCACUGGAGAUAACCCUACUUGCCCCUGAACGAACCAGGGACAUAACAGGUCUCAGAGAGGCCACUGAAUAUGAAAUUGAGCUCUAUGGAAUAAGCAGUGGAAGGCGAUCCCAGCCAGUCACUGCCAUAGCAACAACAGCCAUGGGCUCCCCGAAGGAAAUCGUUUUCUCAGACAUCACUGAAACCUCAGCCACUGUCAGCUGGAUGGCACCCACUACCCAGGUGGAGAGCUUCCGGAUCACCUAUGUGCCCAUUGCAGGAGGUUCGCCCUCAGCGGUGACUGUGGAUGGGACCAAGACCCAGACCAGGCUGCUGAGACUCCUACCUGGGGUGGAUUACCUGGUCAGCGCCAUCGCCCUGAAGGGCUUUGAGGAAAGCGAGCCUGUCUCAGGGACGUUCACCACAGCUCUGGAUGGCCCAUCUAGCUUGGUGACAGCCAACAUCACUGACUCAGAAGCCUUGGCCAUGUGGCAGCCAGCCAUCGCCCCUGUGGAUAGUUAUGUCAUCUCCUACACAGGCGAGAGAGUGCCAGAAAUUACCCGCACGGUGUCCGGGAACACGGUGGAGUACGCACUGACCAAUCUUGAGCCUGCCACGGAAUACACGCUGAGGAUCUUUGCAGAGAAAGGGCCCCAGAAGAGCUCAACCAUCACCACCAAGUUCACCACAGACCUCGAUUCUCCAAGAGACUUCACUGCUACGGAGGUUCAGUCGGAAACUGCCCUCCUCACCUGGAGACCUCCCCGGGCAUCUGUCACUGGUUACCUAUUGGUGUAUGAAUCCGUGGAUGGUACAAUCAAGGAAGUCGUUGUGGAUCCAGACACCACCUCUUACAGCCUGACUGAUCUGAGCCCAUCCACCCACUACACAGCCAGGAUUCAGGCACUGAAUGGGACCCUGAGGAGCAAGACAGUCAAGACCACCUUCACCACGACUGGAGUCCUGUACCGAUUCCCCAGGGACUGCUCCCAGGCAAUGCUGAAUGGAGACACCACCUCUGGCGUCUACACCAUUUAUCUGAACAACAACAAGACCCAGAAGCAGGAAGUCUUCUGUGACAUGACCUCUGACGGGGGUGGAUGGAUCGUGUUCCUGAGACGCAAAAACGGACGUGAGGACUUCUAUCGAAACUGGAAGGCCUAUACUGCUGGAUUUGGGGACCUAAGAGAAGAGUUCUGGCUUGGGCUGGACACCUUGAGCAAAAUCACAGCCCAGGGGCAGUACGAGCUCCGGGUGGACCUGCGCGACCACGGGCAGUCGGCCUACGCCGUCUACGACAAGUUCAGCGUGGGCGACUCCCGGACGCGCUACCGGCUGAAGGUGGAGGGGUACAGCGGCACAGCAGGUGACUCCAUGGCCUACCACAACGGCCGGUCCUUCUCCACCUUCGACAAGGACACAGACUCGGCCAUCACCAACUGUGCCCUGUCCUACAAGGGGGCUUUCUGGUACAAGAACUGCCACCGCGUCAACCUGAUGGGGAGAUACGGGGACAACAGCCACAGUCAGGGUGUUAACUGGUUCCACUGGAAGGGCCACGAGCAUUCAAUCCAGUUUGCUGAGAUGAAGCUGAGACCCAGCAACUUCCGAAACCUCGAAGGCAGGCGCAAAAGGGCAUAA